GAAAUUCCGGCAUCGAAAGCAACUGUACUGCGCGGACAUGAAAGUGAAGUAUUCAUAUGUGCUUGGAAUCCAAGUCGAGACUUACUUGCAAGUGGUUCCGGUGAUAGCACAGCGCGUAUAUGGGAUAUGUCUGACGCUAUGGCCUCGCCAAAUCAAUUAGUCUUGCGUCAUUGCAUACAGAAAGGCGGUGCGGAAGUACCGAGCAACAAAGACGUUACUUCUUUGGAUUGGAACUGCGAUGGUACAUUACUUGCUACUGGAAGUUAUGAUGGUUAUGCUCGCAUUUGGAAAACUGAUGGACGCUUAGCUUCAACUCUUGGACAACAUAAAGGGCCAAUAUUUGCUCUAAAAUGGAAUAAACGUGGUAAUUAUAUACUUUCCGCUGGUGUAGAUAAAACAACGAUUAUUUGGGAUGCAUCUACCGGUCAAUGCACACAACAGUUUUCAUUCCACAAUGCACCAGCGCUUGAUGUUGAUUGGCAAACAAAUGUUUCAUUUGCCUCAUGCAGUACAGAUCAACGUAUACACGUUUGUAAGCUGGGUGUAGAUAAACCUAUUAAAACCUUCCAAGGACACACUAAUGAGGUAAAUGCUAUUAAAUGGUGUCCGCAAGGUCAGCUGUUAGCUUCUUGUUCCGAUGAUAUGACACUAAAGAUUUGGUGUAUGAAACGAGAUCAUUGCUGUCAUGACUUGCAAGCACAUUCCAAGGAGAUUUACACAAUUAAAUGGUCACCCACAGGACCGGGCACACAUAAUCCAAACACUAAUCUUAUUCUUGCUUCUGCUUCAUUUGAUUCUACUGUACGUUUAUGGGACGUAGAACGUGGGUCUUGCAUACAUACUUUGACAAAACAUACUGAGCCAGUGUAUUCAGUAGCUUUUAGUCCUGAUGGCAAAUAUUUAGCAUCAGGUAGUUUCGAUAAGUGCGUACACAUUUGGAGCACACAAUCUGGACAUCUUGUGCAUAGCUAUAAGGGCACAGGGGGAAUUUUCGAAGUUUGUUGGAACUCUAAAGGCACAAAAGUUGGUGCAAGUGCAUCUGACGGCAGUGUAUUCGUUUUAGAUUUAAGAAAAUUUUGAUCUAAGUCUCAUUCUCGUAGAUCUUACAUGCAUUAACGAUAAUCAUUUUAAUUUUAUUUGACAUUUAAACAUAUUGAUCUUUUAAUAUAACAUAAGAAGUACUGAUUGCGGUCAUGUACACAAAAUAAAAUAUUUUUACAUGAUAUUUUCUAACAAAAUGACAAAAAUGCGGGAGCAGAUUUCCUAGUGACAAAAAAGUCGUAUCAAACUGGUUCAUUUUCAAUAUUAACCGAAAGUAUUUUAUAGAAUAUAUUCCUCAAACAAAAACAUCAAUCAAAAGACUCGAAAUGAUUUAUCAAUAAUUAAAUGGAUAAAUACUUUUAUACGCUUUACGUAUAUCAAGAUCUUAUCUUCAUAUUUUUUAAUAAAAGUAUUAUCCAUCUGUCACCCACUGUUUUUUCCGCAAAAGGCGUUUUAACUAAUAAAGCGUUUUUGUGCGUAUUUGUCGAAAAAAUCAGUGGGUAAUGAUCGAAAGUUUUGUAAAAUAAGAAUUUUGACGUAGUAAAACAUUAGAAACUCAUUAA